UCCAGCAACAGAAAGUUUCUGAGAGAUGUCCCAGACUCUGUUCCUGUGAGAACCAUGGGGGACGUCACAGGAGGUGCUGGCCUUUAGACACCAAAUGUAUGUGCUGCCUUGACACAGACCAUGGCAUCAAACCUGACAAAAUUCAUCCAUUCCCUGGAUCCGAGAACCCUCCCCAGGGUUCUCCAAAUCCAGUCAGGCAUCUACUUCCAAGGCUCCAUUUAUGAAAUGUUUGGAAAUGAAUGCUGCCUGCCAACCGGGGAAUUGAUUAAGGUUACUGGGUUCAAAAUUAAUAAGAUCAUUGCAAGCAUCUGCGAGAGUAAUGAAGACAGCCAGUGCUCAGCCAGAAUUGAAUUGCCUCUGAAUUUUCCAGGUCUUUGUAAGAUUGUGGCUGAUAAAACUCCAUAUCUCAGCAUUGAAGAAAUCACAAGAAAGGUUUCUAUUGGGCCAACGCGACUGGGCCAUCCUUGCUUCUAUUGCAAUGAAGACAUAAAAUUGGCAAAUUUCACCAUCAAACAAGGUGAGCAGAUCAUGUUCAACUCCAUGGAAGAGGUCAAUGGGACACUGACUGUGAACUGCGGAGUGGUAAGAGAUAACCAAUCUCACUCCUUUACUUUGCCACUCUCACAAGAAGGAGAGUUCUAUGAAUGUGAAGAUGACCAUAUUUACACCCUGAAAGAGAUUGUUGAAUGGAAAAUCCCCAAAAGUAGAAACCGGAUUGUGAAAUUUACCAAUAUGUUACAUACAUGGGACUCCUCUAAUCCACUUCCUGAGAAUUUUGAUGGCUGUCUGAUUCUAGCACCGAUCUACGAAGUCCAAGGAGUGAUGAAAUUUCGAAGGGAUAUAGUUCAUAUCCUCUCUGAUCUAGAUAUUGAAGUCAUAGAUGUAACAGACUCUUAUGAUAUUAGCUGUUUCCUUCAUCCAUUAUCCAUGGAAGAUGUAUUUGAAAGGACAAGCAAAGAAUUUCCUAUGGUUGCUGAGGUAAUAGAAGGGCCCACAGGAAGACAGCAACCUUAUAAUUUAUUAUGUCCUGGGAAGGAAAUUGUCAUUCACAAAAAGUACCAGGCAAAAAGAAUCCUCGCAUCUGAGAUCAGAAGUGAUUCCCACAAAAGACACUUUUUAAUUCCUGCCAGCUACAAAGGAAAGUUCAAAAGAAGACCUCGGGAGUUUCUAACUGCCUAUGACCUGGAGAUAGCAAGAAGUGACAAGGAGCAGCUUCAUGUUGUAGCAACUAAAGCCUUUGAUUCUCCCCAUGCAGAAUUGUUUUCUGUUUCUGUUGGAGACCAGUUUCUAGUUCAACAGCGCCAGACCGGUGAAGUCAUAUAUCAGGGAAGGAAGAAAGUGAUAGAUGUUUUGGCCUGUGAACAAAUAUUAAGUGAGGCCUAUAAGGAAGUGCUUCUUCCUAUGUAUAUGGAAGGCGGCUUUGUAGAAGUGAUUCAUGACAAGAGACAGUACCAGCUUUCAGAGCUUUGCAGAGAGUUCCGCUUGCCCUUUAAUGUCAAAGUGUCUGUGAGGGAUCUCUCCAUUGAGGAGGAUGUCUUGGCUGCUAUGCCUGGACUGCAGCUUGAAGAAGAAAUCACAGACUCUUACUUGCUAAUCAGUAGUGCUGGCGAUCCUGCGGACAGUUGGGAAAUUCCUGUGUAUCGUCUAAAUAUGUCUGUUCAGUUGCUCAGCAAAUCUGUUGAUGAAACUGUAUCCUCCCCAACUAGGACUAUUGUGGAAGAGAUCAGUGAAGAACAAUAUUACAUGGUGAGGAGAUUUGAAAACCAAGUCCUACUCCCACCACCCAGACCUCCCAAAAAGCCAACAACACUGGAAUCAAAACCUCUUCUUACUCUACCAGAGCGAAGUAUGUCGGAUGCACCACAUGCUGUGAAGAAUCUCUAUGUAGACACCACUAAGAAACUGUGCUCAGAUCAAGCUACUGCUGUUUCAGAAUUACAAGUUAGUUGUCAAAAUGAUUUAGUGCACUGGGAGAAUGAGGACAACGUGACUGGGACAGCUACAUUACUGGACACCAGUGUGAUUAAAGGUCCAAUAAACAAUAUGCUUCUGGAGGAGAAGCACAGCUAUGAAUAUGCUGAUGAAAACGUAAUUGAAAACAUAAGGAAAAAAUUCCAAGAAAGCACAGUUCACAAUAAAAUAUAUCCCCUGAAGAAGAAAAGGGAAGAAACCUCUAAAAUGGAAUAAUACUGAAAUUAACCUGAAAUGACUGGAAAACUGCAUUUAUUAUGUAAUUAGAUCAUCCACAACUACAAUAACAGAUGAAUCAUGAAAGAAACACCGUCUUCCUUCUGUCUCAUGAAGAGCAUCCAAGGCUGCAAUUCAACUACACCAAGCCCCAUAGAAACUAAACUACUUUCACAAUCAUAAAUAAAAAGUCAUGCACGCUAAUGGUUCCCUUUGUAAACAUGUAUUCACAAAUUCAUAUAAUUAUGCCAAUUAGGAUCCAAUUUUGCCUUCUCAGUGCACCCAAAACACCCAUUGAUUUCCUAGGGCACUUACUCCAGGCCAAUUCCUUAUUCUAAAGUGUCCUAUAAUUGCAAAUGUUUUGGGGAGAGAGAGUAAAGUAAAUCCUUAUUUAAUUAAACAAUUGCAAAUGCUCCAGGUUGAGUUUCAGUUAUGGUGUACUCAAAAUUACAAGGGUCAGAUUCAGCCACCUUUUCUGGUGCUGCGUAGUAUCUUACUGUGCAAGUAGUACCUUGCUUCAUAAGUAAUCCCAUUGAAAUCAAUGCAACUGCUCACAGAGUAAAAUACUUCCCAGUGGGACUAAGGGUGGCUGAACCUGGCACAGAAUAAAUCAUAGUAUUUUGGGUUAGAUUGUGUCCAUACUGGGGAUAGGAAGGGCUGAUCUUGUGGGGUCUGAGUAGGAGCCACUAAGAAUCAUAACCUCUUUGUUCAGGAAGAAAGAGUUGCUCAGUCGGGGAGUAAUUUGCCGAAAAGAGAACAAGGAAGCAUGGGGAGGGAUGAGAGCAGGUGGAGUCAUGUCUCCGUCCCCCCUGUGCAUUGUGAGGACGGAACAUGCUGCACUUUUAAAAAGUUAUGUAGCAAUUGCUCUCCCAUUCACUCCCAAGCACAACUGGGUCAGUGCAUCUUCACACAACCUUUCAAUGGGCUAUGCCAAACAGGAGUCAUUAGGUCUUGAUUAACGCUCCACCUGUUAAAGGGUAUAGCAGAUAUUUCAUAUUUUUUAAAAAUUUGCUUUAAAAUGUUUUCCUUUUUAAAAAUAUUUUUGAAAAAUGAAAAAUAAGUGGUUAGACAGUUCCAUGAGAGGUGAAGGGUUUGCUGGAUGCAAAACCUAUCUGAUGAGCAUCUGAGGUACAUUCAUUGGUGCCCUACCACUAUCCUCCUUAGUAUUGUGGAAAUAGCAAUUAUGGUGGGUAUUUCUGCUUAUUCAGCUAAGGAUGCUUUUAAAUCUAGCUGUGAAUGUACGAGCAGACUUGCUGUACUCUCAUAUUACAAAGCAACGAAGCACCAAAAAUGCCUACAUCUUUUCUCUGUAAAUAUUUUUAAAGAAAAAAUCGCUACGAUAUUAGUAUACCCUGAAUUGCUGAUAGGAACUCCAUGGAAUAGUUAGUUACCUCUAUGGUAAAUUCAUUUAGGAUUUCUUUGCACUGUUUUACAUUAAUUUAAUUAGGGUAAAUCCUUUUCCUUACUAUAACCAUUGUCUAAAUUAGUCCAAUUACUAAACAGUACUUUGUAUGCACAUGUUUUUUAUGCAACAUUCGGCAUAUAAAUAGUUAAUGAGGGAUAGUUUUGUCUGUGUGUCUAUUGCAUGUAUGCACCCACCUUGUCUGUCUAUUGUAUACAUAGGAUUAAUUGGAUAAUGUGGCCUGUGAAUGUAUUGAUAUGUCUCUUUGAAUAGAUUGCACAAAAAACAGUAUUUCUUUUUUUUAGUACGUGAAAACAAUCCAGCUUGUAACAUUGGCAAACCCAGUCUUCUGCAUAAAUAAAUGUAGUUCAUGAUGUAUUUUA